UCAGUCAUCCUCUCCCGCCGCGCUGCUGAGCCUGCGACGUUAGCAGUGGAUGGAAAAAAAUCUCUUUGCUUCAGCCAACGGACGCAUGAUUUUUGGAAAAGGAAAUAAGUGAAGCCUCAGGCCCAGUUUGAUCUCUUGGCAGUACCACUGAGGAUCUGUAGAAGGAACAAGAAGAGCAAAAGAACUGACUCAUUUUGGUUCAAAACUCAACUACCUGCCAACUUUGGGAGCAGCUUCCAUCACCUGGAAGUUUCCAUAAAGGACACACAACAGAGAAAAGGAGCAUUGUCGUGUCUGAACAAGGACAGCUGAAGAGUGAAAGGAGGCAAAGACAAGAAACAGAUUCUCCAUUAUUCCAAAGGAGAGACUAUGAAGACAAGCUGUGUCACCCCACAAUGCAGCCCAACAAGAUAUGACAUAACAUGGAUCCCCUGCUAAUCACCAGGAUGGCCAUAAAGCUGUGACUGGCAUUGUGAAGCCUUCACCCCUUUUUCAGUUCCCAACCAAUCCUUCCUUGCAACCACUGCUGCUCCCCUUUCUCCUGCAAACACAACCUCCAUUCCUGCCUGCCCCUACACUUUUCUCCUCAACAAUUAUAGCUUCCAUUCUUUAUCAUUUACUUUCGCAGUCAUCAUGCAAGGUGCUCCUACCACCUCCACUCUCCUUUUUCUCAUUUUCCCCUCCCUUAUACUAUUUUCCAACUUCCCCUCUAUGGUCAAUGGGGACUGCUGGCUUAUUGAGGGGGACAAAGGCUAUGUGUGGCUGGCUAUCUGCAGUCAGAACCAGCCCCCAUACGAGACUAUCCCCCAGCACAUCAACAACACUGUCCAUGACUUGAGAUUGAAUGAGAACAAGCUGAAAGCAGUGCUCUUCAGCUCCAUGUACCGCUUCACCAACCUGACUGACCUCAACCUCACCAAGAAUGAAAUCAGCUACAUUGAGGAUGGAGCCUUUGCAGGACAAGCAAACCUACAGGUUCUUCAGCUGGGCUACAAUAAGUUGACAAACUUAACUGAGGGCAUGAUGAGAGGGCUCGGCCGCCUGCAAUGCCUCUUCCUCCAGCACAACCUCAUUGAGGUUAUUGCCAGCAAUGCAUUCUGGGAGUGCCUCAGCCUCAGCAGCAUUGACCUGUCAUCCAACAAACUUGGCCGCAUUGAUCCAUCCACAUUCACAGUACUCAGUCGGUUGAUGGUGUGCGAACUGGCAGCAAAUCCAUUCCAUUGUGGCUGUGAUCUUUACAGCUUCCUCACCUGGUUGGAGUCCUUCAACAAUGUAACACACACCUAUGACCGCCUCCAGUGCGAGACACCCCGGGAGAUGUUUGGCUACCCCUUACUUAUUGCUGCCGGCCAUGCUGGUCGGAACGCCAAAAACAUUUUGUACCAUCACUGCCGAGAUGGAGUUAUGAUUCCAGGAAUGACCUCUCUCCCACCCGAUCUGGAUGGUCCUUCUGGGAUCGGCCCAGAUAUGUUUGGUGGUGUAGGGCCGUACCACCAGCCCACCCCCCCUCCCUUAUCCACUGAGCACAGCUUCAUUCCUAGCAUCAAGCUCCAUCAUGUCUCCUUGUCAUCAGCCUCUCUCUUUGUGCAGAUUCCAAGGCCCUACAGCAAAAUGUAUAUUCUAACACAAUACAACCACACAUACGUCUCUGACGUCAUGAAUUUAAAGAACAAGAAGGAGAUGAUCACCCUUAAUAAGCUCAAGCCACACACCAAUUACACCUUCUGUGUAGCAUCCAUCCGGAACUCUCAACGUUACAACCACACCUGCCUCCAGUUUUCCACCCGAGCUCAAAAUCAAGAUGACACGCUCCCCAAACCUUCCACCACGACUCACUACAUAAUGACUAUUGUGGGCUGCCUAUUUGGCAUGCUCAUUGUUUUAGGCUUUGUCUACUACUGUCUACGUAAGAAACGGAUGCACGAUGAGAAGAAGAAGUCCAUCUGUGUCAAGAAAACUAUAUUGGAAAUGCGGUAUGGACCAGAGGUGGCGGCCGCAGUGGCAAAUGAUCCAUCGGCAGUCCACAAGCUUCAGGAGCAGUCACGAGAGCAUCAUCAGUAUCAGCACCACCAUGGAGGCAAACUUCCCAUGUCUGCAUCCUCUAGCUCGGGAAUGCUCCACUCAGCCAACACCAGUUCGUCCAGACUUUCCUCCAUCCCACAAGUGGAAAAGAUGGCCACUGCCUUUUCAGAGGCCUUGGCUUCAAGUAAAGGAAACUAUAUGGAUGUCAGAACUGGAGGGGCAGGGAUGGAGAGGUUGGGAGAUGGUGUCCAUGGAGGGCUAGACUUGAGGGAUGAUGAUGGAACUGAUAUCGGGGAUGACUCAGAUGAUGACGGACAUGGCUCUGCAUCAGAGAUUUCCACUAUUGCCAUGGAGGUGGACAAGGUCAACCAGAUCAUUAACAACUGCAUUGAUGCACUGAAACUGGAUGCAGCAGCAGUUGCUGCUUCAGGGGCCUCGACUAACCCUACAGUCUGCUCCAAUCCCACCUCCCCUCCCCCCACCAGCACAUCCUCCCUUACUCGUGGCUUAAUCCCACUCUCCCAAGGGAUGUCGGAGACUUGCCAAGUCAUGGCUCCCAACAAAAUACCCCCUCCACCUCCACUCCCUGCCUUGAAUCCCCCUCUCUCUGAGCGCCCGGGGAUCAGUGGUGGGGGAUUUGUCGUCACUCCCCCCUAUAGACCCCCUCCACCAGCCACCGCUGUACGCCCCAUUCAGCGUCAAAUGAGUGCAGAUGCAGCUGUGGUAAUUGUAAAUGCUGUCAAGAAACAGUGCAGCACCACCUCUUGUGGCUCCAUGGGUCGGGACAGGGAACGUGGAGGAGCGAGGGUGUAUAGCCUGGAUGUUCCUGAGCCACGUAGCCCAGAUGGGUGUAAUCAGCAGCAGCAGUAUCAAGACAGGGCCAGUCCCGUGGGCUGUGGGGAGCCCCUAGAGAGGCUGCCUUUAGUAGGAAGUGGGAGCUGCGGUGGAGGGGGUGGUGGUGGUUGCGACAGUGGUGGUGUUGGUGCCCAACAUCAGGAAAACCAGAAGCAACACCAUUACCAUCAACAGCAACAAAUACAACAGCAGCAGCAGCAGCAGCAACAGCAGCAGCAGCAGCUGGAGGUGCAGCAGGACUACCACUGCUCGGAGCACCGCCACUCCGUCCCAGCUCUAUAUUAUGAAGGCUCCCACCAAGGCUCCCCAGCCCAGAGGGUUUCCUUCCUAAAGCCCCUGACACGUUCCCGCAGGGAUGCAGCAUCUUACUCCCAGCUUUCGCCUGCCCGCCACCAUUCCAGUUACUCUGGCUACUCCUCCAGCCCAGAGUACUCCUCAGAGAGCUCACUGCGGAUCUGGGAGCGAUUUCGCCCCUACCGGAAAGGCCAGCGUGAUGAGGCAUGUUAUGUGACGGCUGGAAAUGCUCUUAGAAAAAAGGUGCAGUUCGCUAAAGGCGAGGACCUGCAUGACAUCCUUGAUUACUGGAAGGGGGUGUCAGCCCAGCAGAAGCUGUGACUGGGGGACCAGGAAUAGGCAAUGUGGGAAGAAAGAGUUUGGCUACUUCUUUUCCUGAAAGGCCUGUGGGCCGGAGAGACGAUUUGAAGAUCAUGGAGAGGAAAAUGUAGGACAAAAUUUUGCCUUUGGGGUUUCUUUUGGCAUGCUAGGUGUAUAGAAUAUUGUGCUAAAGCAAGGACUGUGAAACUGUGCCUGGGAUAUAUGAGACAUUAUGGUGUUUUAUUUUACACUUCAUUGUAGCACCAUUUCUGGAUCAUUCUCAUUUAGUGUUUCCAGGUUUUAUUUACAGCACAAGAGGGCAAAUGCCAACUGUGUAAUUUUAGUACUCUUGAGUGAUCAUGUUUUUUGAUCCUAAGGACUGUCUUUUAUCAGUGCCAUGUUUUCAUCUAUGGGUCAUCAGAGAAGGUAAAUGCUGAUAUCCCUCAUUUUAAGCUUGUAUGAUUCAAGAUGUUGUUUCCUAUUUGGUAUUGGGUGCUGUAUCAAUUUGCAGUGUGCACUUAGAUAUGUUUGAACUUCUAAGUGAAGGUAGACAAAACAGACAAGAUGGGGUCUGUGCUCUGCUGCAAAUGACAACAUGCUGUCUUCCGAACAGAGCUGUCUCUUUGAUAAGAUUCUUCAUGUGGCGGAGUUACAUGCAUGUCAGUUGCAUUUGUCACACACAGAAAGGAAGGAGAAAUUGGAAAAAAAAGAACUUUUGCAUGGUUCAAUGAGUGUAAAAAAAUGUUGUCCCAUAGAUGUCCUAAACUGUCCUAACAUUUGGCCAAGUAAUGAUCACAAUUGUGAGCGUAAUUUGAAGGAGAAAAUAAUAAUGCUUCCUUUAAUGAAGGUAAUUAGAUGAUUCUUACUUGUACAAUAGGGAAAUUUAACUAUGUGACAGAUGAGCUCACACAAUCCUCUUUUAAAAAAAAAAGAGCAUGAGAGAUGUGACCCACAUGUGACAAGAGACCAAGGUAAAUUGAAUGUGAGAGGGGUAUAAAAGAAAAGAGGAAAGACAAACAAGGAUAUAAAUAAUUUUCUGCAGCCACUGAGAAUGUAAGUAGAUUACAAGCAGGUUAUGAAGAAAAUCUGUUUGCAUCAUUCAAUGUGAGCACCACAGUACAUUCCAAAUCCUUUCUACAACAUUAAAACAGAAUGAGGCACAGAGGGAAAGGACAUUUCUAAUUACUGCCAACAUGUCUGUUCUGUUCUGGAAAUUAAUGCUAUUGUUGUCUAUUGAUAACUCAAUUAACCAACUUGUGACAGGCAUGUUUGCUUGCACUUUACGCCUCAUGAUUGUGUGUGUGUGGCUGUGUGGUACACAGUGGUCAGUGUAAAUGGGUGUCGGCAUGCCUUGUCAGAUUAUAUUGUAUGUGCCCAAAUUGACUUAAAUUAAUAGUUGUCAUAUCUUCCCCAUUGGCUGGUUGUAUGAAUCUUAACAAUACGAGAUUAUUAAUGGCAUGGACAAAUGUACAAAUAUCAAUAAUGUUCAUUGUAUUUUCCCAGACAUGCGUCACAUGACCGUGAUGCCCAGCUAUACCACAGUAGCGCAGUGCCUCUUGCUAACACAGCCAUAAUCUCCAUUCUUGUAUAGUACAGCAUCCACCUGGCCUUUUCUAAUGAAACAAUCUACUUGUGAUUUUCCUAAAUGAUAGUGUCAUUGCCUGGCAUUCUGACAAAAGGCAUCCUGCUUACCCAAAGUGCUGUGUAGUCUUUGAAUUUCUGCAUCAUCAGCUAACAUACACAAUCUGAGACAUCCUACCCUAAAAAUGUGAAAACUAAGUCAGUGGUCCUUGCUCCACAUUUUUGUUCAGGGCUUUAUUCAAGAGAAAUUAUAAGUUGUGACAAGUUAGGUUUUAGGAACAUUUUCAUUUCUCUUUUGAUCCUUGCUUCUUUACUGUGGAUGAUGAUCAUUUUGCCCACCUCCCACUACCUACACUGCUCCCACGGGUGAACAUGUCCUGUUGUGUUUUAUUAAAUGAGAAAAGUGAGAAAUUGCCUUUCUUGUAGGUAGGACUUGGGUCUGCACAGCACAUAUCAACCAACACACUCUCACUCCCAACUCCUCAGAUACAUAGACUGGAUAUAAAUAAUGGAUGUAGUCACCAUGACGUCAUCCAUUGAUUUGUGGCCCGUUGGAAGCAUCGAGUUCAGCGUUACACUCGUCUCCAUCUUGCGCCGCCAUCUUGUUUCCGAUACGGGGAGCAAACCAUAUCUGGACUGUGGAGACUUUUUUGUAUCCAUAUAACGUUAUAUAUAACUUUAUUGACACAUUGCCGUGGAUACGCAUUGGCUCGCCUUGUUAGUGACCUGUCAAUCAAAGGUAGCCACGCCCCAAAUUAUAUGAUUCUUUAUCUUCUAUUUUCUUCUAAAUGGGGCCAUUAUUAGAACUAUUGACAUCAAAUUGUCUUGAUGAAGAUUUUUUACUAGUGAUUGAGACCAUAGUGUUGUCCUAAAAACAUUUUCUGAGGUAAUAAAUCAACUGAGAGGUUUUCAAAUUUUACACUGAAAUGAAUGGACAGAAUUUUUUUGCAGCCAAACUUAGCGCCCCCUGCUGGAAUUUUCGGUAGAAUGCAGCUUAAGGCACUUCCUGGUUUGCCCCGCUGCUCAGUUACGGAGGUUGCCGCCCGGUCAGAUAGCGACGCCUGCGGUCAGUGCCAUCAGAUGUUGACGCACAAGAAACCCUUUAGCGUCAGUUUUUUUCAGGAAUCAGGAAUAUUGUGUCAGUUCAGCUCCCUACAUGCAUAGUGGCUUUUCAAAAUAAACCUCACUGUUCCCAGGAAAGGGUCACAUUGAAUCAGAAUCAGAAUAUAUACAUAAGAUAAGAAUAGAAGAAUAGAAUAGAAAGUUAUUCUGUUAAUAAAAUAAAGAUUAAAAAAACAAACAUGCAACACUAAAUAUCCAACAAUAUAAAUACAAAUGCAAGUUUUAAGUAAAUGAAGAUAUGUACAAAUAUAAAUAUGAAAUAUAGAAUACAUUUGAAGUAAAUAGAGAUAUGUACAGUAGAAUUAAAUAGAAAUAUGGAAAUAGAAAAUAGAAAUAAAGAUAUGUACAAAUAUAAAUAUGAAAUAUAGAAUACAUUUGAAGUAAAUAGAGAUAUGUACAGUAGAAUUAAAUAGAAAUAUGGAAAUAGAAAAUAGAAAUAAAGAUAUGUACAAAUAUAAAUAUGAAAUAUAGAAUACAUUUAAAGUCAAUAUAGAUAUGUACAGUAGAAUGAAACAGAAAUAUGGAAAUAUAAAAAUAGAAAAAAAGAUAUGUACAAAUAUAAAUGUAUUUAUUGCACAUGAUUCCUAUAGAAAUUCCGUAUUGCAUAGAUAAAGUUAUAAAGUAAUGAAUCAUGUAGUCAUGGCUGCCGUCUAUUGACUCAUGGUGUCUCCCACUUUUGAUGGCCACAUGCAGCAUUUAGGCAACAAAACUCCACAUGAUUAAAGUUAGGAAUAAGGAACAUGGUUGGGGUUUGGGUUUGUUGCUUGGAAAGUCCAACAAUGCCACAUUGGAGUUAAUAGAAAGCCCUGUGCAUCUGAUACAGAUGCUAAUGGGAGCCUUUUGUGUCUGUAUCAGACAUGGAGGGACGUGACGAAGUAUUGGUAUCUGACAAAUUGGGAGUGAGACUGUGCUUUAUCAACACUGCUUUUCUUCUCUUUUUAGAGCAAUUGAUUUUUUUUAGCAUGUGCUUGACUCCUCUGAAUAAAUGCAGGUUACACAGGGCUGAGAAUGCAAAUGGGAGAGAGUGAUGUGUAAUGGUAUCUCCAUAUUGAUCUGUGUUCUUCUUCCUCCCUCUAUGUUUUCAUCGAACAUCCAUCUCUGUCUCCUUUAUCUUGUUUUAAUAAGAAGUGUGCAUCCAGUCAGGGUCAGAGGUCAGUGCCCUUGGAGUCAGUGUUCUGCUGUGAGUGUUUACAAAUGAAUGGACCACAUGAAUUCAAGAGCCUCAAUGUCAUGUUUUAGUAACAGUCCAGGAUGCGCCACAUCAUCACCUUCCUCAUAUGAUAAAGCACCAUGUGAUGAACAUACAUUCUUGGAAAUGUCUCCCACUGAUCUGAUAUUAUCUGAGAUAAGAAAGUUUUUUCAAAGGAACUUGUUACUAUGAUUGACUAAGACAAAUCAGAGGAAAGGAUUUUCUUUGCUGGUACGUUCUCAGAGUACCUAAUCACACAGAAGAAACGUGGUAUGUUUAACUCCCCAGAUCCUCAACUGCCAUAACCAGUUUACAGAAAUGGACCCUGAGGAUGAGUGUAAAUGUUCAGUAAUAUCAGGAUUGAUCAUCAUUUCAGCUGCCAUUUAUGUUCAUCUAUCUGACAAGAUAUAAUGUGACAGAAAACCCUGACUAUUACUGUUUUCAUGGAGGAUUUUUUAUUUCAUACAUUUUAUUGACAUAUUUAACACACCAAUGUAUUUUUCAGGAAACAGAUUUCAGGGGGGACAGAUUUAUGUUCAAGUGCUUUUCUGCUCAAAUUUAAUUCACACAUUUGUUUGAAUGAAUCUCAAUGAUGAUACGGCAGUACUCGGCCAACAGAGGACAUUGUCCAUGCUGGUUGGAGAAGAGCCAGUCUGUCAAAUGAUUUAUAAACAGUGUUUUCACCAUAGCUGAUAUGAGUGGUAUUGUGGGAGGGUAUAUUGUGUGUCCCAUCAUUAUUAAUUACUUGAGAGCUUGCAGACUAAACACAAAAAGUCAUAAUAAUGGAAAUUAAGAGUCUAGUUUACACAAGUCUGUCUGCAACUCAAGACUGUACACAAAGACAGGAAUUAUUAUUAACAAACAUGCAUGGAUUGCUGAACAAGCCUAACGGGCACAGGCCCAAGGGCCCAAAGAGUCAGGGGCCCCCUCCAGCUUUCACCUACAAAAAUAUCACACAAAGAGACACAAACCAACUAGACAGAUACUCAAAAUAACCACAAAGAAACACAAAAAGACUACAAAGAGUCAAAAGAGAUGCAAAAUAGCUGCAGGGAGUCACAAAGAUACAACAACGAUAAAAAAGGAAAAAACAUCCAUAAAGACAAACAAAAAUGCUACAAUGCCCAAAACAAUUACAAAGAGACACAAAGAUACAACAAUGGUGAAAAGGGGUAAAGCGAAAGAGAAAAAAUGACUAAAAAAACAACAACAAAGAGAAGCAAAUAACUACAAACCCCAAAACAACAACAAAUAAUAACUUGGAAAGACCAAAACAAUUAUGUAAAAAAAAAAACAUAAAGGCGACAAAAAUUGACGUCUAAGACACACAAAGAAAUUACAAAGAGACUCAAAAUUACUUCAAAUAGACACAAAACGACUACAAAGCGAAGCAUAGGGCUACAAAUGGCAGCAACAGACAAAUGAUAAUUAAAAUAGGCCAAAACAAUUACAAAGUGACAAAAAAACAACUACAAAGGGACACAAAAUGAUAACAAAGACACACAAAAACAGAGAUGAAGAGAGAAAAAAAUGAAAAAGACUUAACUAGCCUUACUGGCCUAUGACAUGUGGCGGGGCCUUUGGCAUGUCUGUGCCCAGGGCCCAUUUUCUCAGAAUCCACCCAUGUUAAUGGAAGGCUAUGAGAAACAUUUUUCCCCCAAGUAUGUGCUCCCAAAUAAACUUCCCUCAAGCAAACAACAAUGGUGGUUUACACGGAGCAGUUGUGUUAAUUGGCAUUUGACGUUAAGGAAUAACAUUUCUGUUGUGGUUGUUGGAGAAUCUAAAUCUGCAAUUUUAAGUUUACAGGACUGUAUUUUUCAAUGAAACAGUGUGCACACUCUUGGGCUCAAAUAACUAAAUUAUUAAAAUCUCAAGCAAGACCAGAAAUAUUUCUCAAAAGAUUAGCCAUGUCAUUUGACCUGUUUUUGUCCUACAAAGCCAGCAUCAAAUAAAAAAACACUUUUCUUCCUUCUAAGCUCAUAUCCUCAUUGAACCCCUGGAGGGUGGCUCACUCAAAGAUCAAUGGUCCUUUUUGUAGCACCGUCCUUGUUGUUUGUCUCGGAGCCACAGGAAAGCCAGACGUGAGAAAGCCAUCUAAUGUGCUAUUAAUGUUUAAUCCUUUUUGUGGGAGGCUGGCUCGGUUUGCUCCCCCUAUCUGUGUACACCAAAAGAAAAUCACAGAUGCUUUCAGUUUUUAACAUGUUAAUCCUUUGAUGCUCUCUUAUAUUUAACGCCUGGUCCAAUUAAACUAAAGUCUAGUUUCUUAAAUAAUGAAUCAGAGCCCAAAAUAGGGUGUGGGUUUAUGUCUAAUCAGUUUCUAAAUGAUUAAAGGAGUUUAAUGCUUCCAUUAGCAAAGACCACAGUAAAAGUUUUCAGUUCUCCCAAAACACAUCGAACUUUUUACCCAUGUGACCGGCCAUUGAAGCAAUCUUAGUCAAAUAUAUUGCUUUGAUAAGCGAUUAUCAUAAUUUAAUGGUAAUUUGAGGAUGUAAUAGUUAUCAACAAUACAGAAAAUCAGUUUAAUUCUUUAGUCAUUUAGUAUCAUUCAGUAAAAUGGUAAAUGUACCUGCACUUAUAUAACGCUUUUGUAGUUGCUUUGCGGCCACUCAAAGCGCUUUACACUACCACACCGAUCAGGGAUCGAACCACCAACCCUUCGGUUGGGGGGCAACCCACUCAACUGAGCCACAGUAUAGGUACUAUAUAUAUAUAUAUAUAUAGAUAGAUAUAUUCCCACAGUAUAAUAAUUAUCUAUAAACCUAUGACCCAGAUAUAGGCAAGAGAAUGGCAGGCAAAAAAAAAAUUGUAACGAAUUAAAUAUAAUUAAGUAAUUGUCAUAACUAAGCAAAACCUUCUGAAAUUGAA